AUGGACACGUCCCACCAAAGUCCAACGCAAGCAAUGUUCUGCACAGACGAGCAACUCGAUUACCUGUUUCAUCAUUUAAUCCUACCCGCCAAGCUACCCGGGCAUGAUGAUACCUUUGCAUCAAACGAAGAAUUCCUCAUCAACUCUACCAUACAAACCCUCGCACGCUUCGGGGAAUUAUCGGACGGAGAUGACGAGGUUGUGGUAAGACACUGCAUCUCCAUGCUGAAGAAUACUCGUGAUGCUCGAGAUUCGCACGGGUGUCUCGAUUCUGGAACUGUUCAGAACUCCUUGAAGAGACUCUCGACACAGGCAGAUGCCGCCUCACUGUAUCAUAUCACGGAACAAAAUGCAGGUCUGAUUAUUCGAAGAUUAGAGAACUCAUAUUCUUUCCAGACCUUUGAGCUCUCGCCUACUAACAAAGCAGCCAUGACGACAAAAGGUCGCCUUAUCCGAGAGUUCCCAGCCACCGCGACAGAAAUCUCCGCUGAAGACUUCAACAGUCGCUCAUUUCAAGACGUCUUAACUAGGACUCUUGUCAAAAUGAGUCAUCAGGCUGUUGCGGAAAUGCAGCCUAAGGUCAGGAAGGCGCAACAGAUGCACAAUGAGGAGCGCGACACAACAGAUCCUCGAAUCGUAACAGAGCUCCUCACAAGCUUCCUUCGAGGUGCUGGAACACCUGGUGAGAUCAAGACGAUUCAGAAGAGGACACGUGAAGAAGUUUCGUGGAACAAUGGGAGGGGUCCUUGGACGAGAUCUCCGUUAUGGCUUCUUCUCCGUGUCGGUCUUCAACUCACCAUGACAUGUCAUCCGCAAGGAUCAUCAGACCUUUACAAGCGCUUUAUGGUGUUCUUGAUAGCUCAAGGCCUCAACAUUGUUUGUGAAAAGUCGUCUUCUAGUGAGAUGAUUCACUUGAUGAUGGCCAAGAUUUCGAGGCGGCUUUGUAAGCUUGGAAACAUUGACGAUGGACAGUGGCUUCACGUAAUCAAGGAUAUCGUUUCAUCAGCCUCUCGAAGUUUGAAAGAGAGAUGGAGCAAUAUUCGGCAACGAAACGAACAGCCACUCGAUCUUGUCGCGCUUGCCGAGUUCAAGUUCGAAGACCACACGACUUUCUCGUUGCCUGAAGUCGACACCUUUGUCGCCAGCAUUUCCCAGCGACAACAUGAACCAACAACUACAGAAUUCAACGCCAAACCCGUUACUUUAACCUUCGAGCAUCUUAUCCUUCCUACUGUUAGUGGUUCUGUCAACAAUGACAACAAAUCUUUCGAACUCGCGGCUGUCGAAACUUGGGUACAGGGUAACCUCGACACAUGGCUUGAACAUCACUUGAGCAGCGAACAUUCAUGUCAAGGUUUAAAGACACUGCUUGAGCACUACUAUAUGUCUGCAGAGAGAUGGUAUGCAAGCCGCCCCGAGGGCAUGUCGAGGAUGCUUCUUACCCUUGGUGAGAUCUGGGUAGCUAUCGACAAGAUGGCUGUCCAUCAUAACCCUUUGAUGUUGAAGUAUCGACACGAGAUUCCUGGAGAGGUUUUCAGUGAUCUCCUACUCCAUUCAAAGAGCGACAUGGAGCGUUUACAUCGGUUGGAACACUACCUCGAAGACCCACCCAUGGAGAAACUAAAGCUAUCGGCACUUUUAUCAUAUGGCCAAAGACUAUCGUUCGCCGUUGAAUACUUUCGACAAUCCCCAAAGCUCCAAGCAAAGAAAAAGGAAAUCGAGUGUAGUGCACAACAAGACCGUGAUAAGAAAGUGAAGCAGUUUCGGGAACUGAAAGCAAAGUACGACGCUAUCAUGAAGAAAUACGACGAGACAGAAUGCGAGCAGAUACUUCAAGUUCAACAUGAUGUGGAGUAUUACGUUCAUCCCAAGCAUAAAUGCAAACGCUGUGCUCUCCCCGCUAAAGCGAAGAAGCUCAAAAUCAGUCCUCAUGAGUGGCCCCUUCCUGCGGACGAGCUUGAGGCUCAAACCUCUGUUUUCGAGAUGGACGUCCCCGUCGCUUUUGCGGUAUGGAGGGAUGCUACAGUUUAUUUUCUUGAUAACAUAUUGGCGUUCGAAUCUUCCGGUGCUGGAGACUAUCCCCGUGCGUCCUAUCCUUUGACGACAUACAAACCCCUCAGUCCCUGGGUGGAAUCACAACGAUACAGAGUGCAACUUCUCUCUGAGAUUAAACCUCACUCUCAAACACAUCGCAACCAGAAAUCUAUCGAAACCUGUACUGAGGCUGAUGUCUGUCUUAACAACGGUCUUCGCUUCCAAUAUCACGACAACUCCAGAAAUACCUUCCUUUCUACCUUUAAAGCAACGACAGAAGUCUCAAAGCGCUGCACCAUCAAACUUCCAAGCAGAGCUCAUGCUUUGGAGAGAUUUAUGGCUCGAACAUGGCGCUGUGAGAACGGCGAAACACCCAACCAGGCUAUCGCGAGUCAGUCUGAGUGUCCUGAAUAUAUGUCACUGGGGGAGUUCAAGGCUCUGGCUGUAUUGCCGUAUGGAUAUCGACUCCAGUGGAUGGGCAUCCUUACACAACUUGCUAUGCCAACGGUUGACUUCAAUAAGCCCGAGACUGCGAUAUUCUUACUCCAGAUGAUUCUCCAAGCUGGUCCGUUUGAUAAACAUGAGACGACAAGACAAGCGCAUACUCGGCUGACAGAAGUGGAAUUUGGUUCGCAGAUGCUGAAAUGUCUGAAUCAGUGCGUUUCAAGGGUCCAAGAGAAUUGGGAGUCGUACACUUCACUGUGCUCAUUCACCUGCUUAGCCACCCGUCUUCUUGCCCUAGCUGACAAGUCUCUGUCAAAGCAAAUUCUGGAACUUAGUACGAGAUGUCGAAAGAUCUCAUACAAAUGGGUGAUUCACAUUUUGGCCAAGGUCCAAGACAUUGAUGAUCGUACGCAACGGAAGGAAUUCCUCGAGACGGCAGUUAACAUCGCCCUCAUUUGCAUCGAGACGUUCAAUUUGGAGGGUGAACACUUUGGGAAGGUAUUGGCUGAUGAACAGCAAGCGGCUAUACUGCUGGAAAUUUCGAUCAUCAUCAAUAACAACGCUGACUUUCAACAUCUGCAAGAGGAUGCACUGUAUGGCUUUAUGCUUGACCGAUACGAAUACACGAUGCAUAGAGCCCGGCCUAGCUUGGUUAACGAGAUAGCCUGUAACGGAAGUUCCUGUCUUGACUUAGCCAUUCAACAGCGUUGGCCAGACUUUUCACGAGAAGGUAAAUGGUCCCCAAUCUCUCAUCAAUGGGUUACCACAGUUACCGGAAAACUCCAAGUUCAUGUCAACCUCCCCACUGGACAGUUAUUGGUCAAUGGUUCACCCGUAUCACGACUUCCUCGAGAAUAUGAAAUGCACAGCGAGUAUCAGAAAUUGUUUGGGUCUACGACUAUGGAAGUCAUGCCGAGUAACCUACCGGGUAUGAGCUUCUGCUCGACGAAGUUGAUUCAAGGGUAUACGGUCCAUCUUGGUUUGCAGACAAAGAAGCGUGUAGACGACCUUCUUGUACGUCUUUGUAAAAAAGGCUCGACGUUGGACUUGAUUCCCUCGAGAACUCUUGAAGCUCUACUACCUCACGAUUUCGUCAAGAACUACGUACAUUGGCUUGUCGAAGCAUCUGGGGCUAUUGAGUUCUGUGGAGUCAAUGACCCUUGGCCAUGCAACGGUUCAGGGACCUGUAAUUUACUAAAGGGCACUGACCAAUGGAAGUUAUCACUUUGUAAGGAGGGCGUCCUUAUUUCUCCAUCGAGUGAGCUUGGUCAGCAUAUCUCCAAGAUAUUCUCACGUCUCCAACCUGCUUCGGAUCUUCAUCUGGUUCUCCACCGAGACAGAAAGGAACUUCAGAUACAACUACCAAAGCUUCGUCUUGAGUUCGAGAUCAAGUCAGGAACAUCAACGAUCACGUCUCGACAAUUUCGCGAUAUGGAAGUUCAUCACGAUCAAGCCAUUGGCACGCUCAUCGGACUAGAGCAAAAACUCGUCCUACGGCAUUCUCAAGACUGGGACGUCCGAUCUAUCAUUAUACCCGAAGGAAACGUUAGCUGUCGAAUUUCUACUGGGCACGGCGUCGAGAACCACCCCGAAGUUUCUGUUGACCUCGAAACAGCUACUCGAGUUCAAAUUUACAGAAUGGAUUCUCUCCUCCGCAGGAUUAUACCCAACGACAAGGUAGAAAGCAAGUUGUAUCUUGCAUACCUCCAUGCUCUAACAUCAUACUGCCUCCCGGAUCCCUUUGUUCAGCGCACUGGAACUGAAGAGGCCCUCACGAUUCUUAGUUCCGCCUCAGUCAGAGCUCCUACGGCUUUCUCCGACAACGCUUUUACAAUACUGUCACAUAUUGCUCAACUAUCGCCUAAGCGGUCAUGGUAUCCAGCUGAUCAGCGAGUAAUGCAGAACGUCCGGUGGCGGAAUGACCUGAGUUACUUAUCCCAAGAUGACAGAUUCGGGAAACAUGUUCGAAACAUCUUUGAACAAUCUCGCGAAGUUCAGUUCCUGUUUCCUAAGCACAUUCUCCCGCAUUUCGAACACCGUUCGAUAGCUGCGUUAGUGGAUCGAGCUGUUCUUCGAACAUCUGCUAAUCGAGUCUCUGGCUUUGGCGCUGAAGACUUCACGACUAGAUAUGACGCCAAGUACGCAUCGAGGGAGAAGAGUACCUCAUCUGAAAGAUCUACACGCACUGCAGAGAUGGCAUCUCGAGUAUACAGAAACUCAGGCUCCCUUUCGAGGCCUGUAUCUGGUAGGCUUGGGCCCCAUCUCUAUAGGCUCAUGACGAGCGAAGAGCGCAUCCAGACCAGGGAGAUCUUGCCUAAGAACAGAAUUGACUACGACUCGUCUUGGCUUGAAGGUCCCGCAUCAUAUUUAUCUUCUGUCUGGUGUCAGCUUCACAAUUCAUGUAAGAAGUCAGCAACCUGGUUCGAUAAGUUCGAGCUGAUGAUAUGGAUGGCCACAAUGUCAUAUUCAUCAGAGUAUGACGCACAGGUUGGCCAGGCACUGUUGAUGCUCACUCAAUCGCGGACAGUAGCUGACUUCAAAGCACCUGCUGCGUCAUCAUACAACCUAUCGGCCGGAUGUGACGUUCGGGAACAGGACCUGCGUGCCUUAGUAACACCCCAUGUAGUCAGCUUCGCAAGUAGCCCCGAUGCUACAUCUCCUCGUCGUCUUGACGAGAAGGGCAACGAAUUAGCAAAAAGACGAAGAAACGAGUACAAAAUCAAGAGCUACAAAGCCGUUGAUACGUUUACAAAUUACCUGAAACGACAAUGGCCUACAGAAACUCCACUCGCUCCGGAAGACCCGCAGUUGAAGUGGUAUAUUAGGGUUGAACCUGCCAUGGAAAGUGCUCUUGGCAAGUGGCACCAGUGGCAGAAGAACCUCGCCUUCAAGACGUAUCUGGAAGUGGUUGUUUCUUGCAUGAGAGACAUAAAGGGUGAGGUAGUGCAAGUGCCACCAGAACUCCCAAGGAUGUUAAUUUCCACCAAGAGGUCGGUUUCGAGAUUUGUGGCUACGUCAGAUCUUUUCUCGACAUCAGGCGUUGCGCACCACAAGGCUCCUCCAACAUUAGAUGAACUACUCAUCAGAACAAACAGGGAUACACAGAGCAACAAGCUCAGUGGCAUCAUUGAUAACCUUGAUUCCAAAGCCAAGCUCGACUAUGAGCACCGGUAUCUAAGGGAGUUACAGGACAGCCUUUCAAGUUUACACGGCCAUGUCGAAUCUGAGCUGAAGGAGGAACAGCUUCGAGAGCUCCCAGACCUACUCCAGGAUCACUUGGAGAGAUGCGAAUAUCACCUAACAAGGCUGCACGAGUCCCUACUUUUUUACCUCUCGUCUCCAAGCACGCUCUCACGCACGACGUGCACUGUUCUUCAAGAUGCCAAAUUCCUUCCUAGGAUAUCGCCUACUCAAAUCUUACAACAGCUCAGACCAGCUCAGUGGAAAUCUCUUUCUGCGGGAUGGAAAGAAAGUCUGAUCCACUACGGAAUUGCUAUUACCGCCUUGCAGCGCGCAAAGCGUCUUAUUAGAUUCCAGUCCAGUCACGUGGAUCUAAUUCGUGAACUAGAAAAUGGUGGCCAUCAAAACUGGAGUCCGUAUGAUCAUCCAGAAUGGUUGUUGCUGGAAUGUGAGAGUGAGAUCAUGAUUCGGGAUGUUCAGCAGCAGAUUGCGAAACAGAUGAUCAACCCUCCCGAGAACGAGAACUCAGUGAUGCAGCUGAAUAUGGGCGAAGGGAAGUCAACAGUCAUUGUUCCCAUCGUCGCCACAGGUCUUGGAGAUGGGUCGAAGCUUGUUCGAGUCAUUGUUGCAAAGCCACAAGCUAAGCAAAUGCAUCAGAUGUUGAAAUCAAAGCUAUCGGGGCUUCUUGAUCGACCGGUGUACUUGCUACCUUUCUCCCGGGAUGUCGACCUGGAUCCACGAACCACAGAUGUCAUUCAACGACUGAUGAAACGAUGCAUGAAGGAAGGUGGUGUCUUGAUGGUUCAGCCAGAGCAUCUGCUUUCGUUCCAACUGAUGGAGGUGGAAUCUCGAAUCAGCGGAAACAUGGAAGUCGCUGGAGCAAUGUCACAAAUAAGAAAUCUCUUUGAUCACUCUUCUCGAGAUAUCGUUGACGAGAGUGAUGAGAAUUUCAGUGUAAAGUUCGAACUCAUCUACACCCUUGGACAGCAGCGACCCAUCGAGCACAGUCCUGAUAGAUGGGUUGUUAUUCAGGAAGUGAUGAGUCUCAUUGCUAAAGUAGGUGCGGAGGUCAAGUCUGAGUUCCCUCAUUCCAUUGAAUUCGACGCUCGACAUGUUGGAAGAUAUCCCCGUUUACGCAUUCUACGACCUGAUGCUGAAGCCGAAAUCUUCAGCCGUGUCACCGAAGCAAUAUGCGAUACUGGCAUGACUGGGUUCCCUAUUGCCCGUCAGACAAAAGGUAUGCGAGCGGCAGUCCGGAGGUAUAUCUCUCGACGUGAGCCUACAGCUGCCGACAUCGAAGCUGUGGAGGGAAGCUCCCUUUGGAACGAAAUAACAAGUAGAAAUAUUCUUCUUCUUCGUGGACUCUUCGCAGGAGGAAUUAUUUCUUUCGCAUUGGGAAGCAAGCGGUGGAGAGUGAAUUACGGAGUAGAUCACAACAGGGAGAAGAUGUCCAAACUGGCUGUACCUUUCCGAGCGAAGGAUAAUCCUACACCUCGGUCCGAGUUCAGCCAUCCUGAUGUGGUGAUAACUCUCACAUGUUUGAGCUACUACUACAGCGGUCUCGACGAUGACGCCUUGUUCGCAACGUUUGAGUUACUUAGGCGAUCGGACAAUGCAACUCUGGAGUACCAGGAUUGGGUAAAGACAUCACCAGCACUUCCGUCGGCCUUUAGGAACCUGGAAGGAGUCAGCUUGAGGGAUCGUGUGCAGUGCACUACGGAGAUAUUCCCAUACAUCCGAUACUCCAAAGCGGCGAUUGACUACUUUCUGUGUCAUCUGGUAUUCGCAAAGGAGUGCAAGGAAUUUCCUCACAAGUUAUCUGCUUCUGGCUGGGACCUUGGUAAGAAGAAGGAUAAUCCGACUACAGGAUUCAGUGGAACCAAUGACUCGCGAUAUGUUCUGCCACUCGACGUCAAGCAGCUAGACCUACCGGAACAGAAGCAUACAAACGCCCUUGUUUUGGAAUACCUACUUCAACCAGAGAAUGGCAUAUCAUUGAUGCCGCAAGAAGCGAAGGGUACGACGUUCGAUAGCAGCCUCCUUUUGCAGAUGGUUUCCAACAUGAGCCCUAAUACUCGAGUCAUUCUCGACGUUGGCGCCCAAGUCGUCGACCUUACCAAUCAAGCCUUUACAGCUCAGUGGUUGGCUUCUUACCAAGACCAAGAGCGCACCAAAGCUGCCGUGUUCUUCAACGACAACGACGAAAUCGUUGUUAUCGAUCGUUCCGGCAAGAUCGAAGACUUCCAGACAUCCCCAUUCUCUCAGCAGCUGGAUCGAUGUCUCGUCUUCCUGGAUGAGGCACAUACCCGCGGAACAGAUCUGAAACUUCCUGCCAACUACAGAGCAGUAGUCACACUUGGUGCUGGUCUGACGAAGGAUCGGUUGGUUCAAGCUUGUAUGCGGAUGCGCAAGCUGGGCAAGGGACAGACAGUGGAAUUUUGCAUUCCCUGGGAGAUUGAGCAGAAAAUUGUUCAGCUCAAGCAUGACGUCGAUUCUAAGAGGAAUCACAUCUCUGUCUCGGAUGUCCUUUGCUGGGCUAUCACCGAGACAUGCCUGGACCUCCGAAGAGCGAUGCCACUGUGGCUUACACAGGGUGUUAGGUUCUGUAAGCAAGAAGCCCUCUGGUCACAUCUCUCUGACGAUCGCCUCAUCGAGGAUAACAACCCUGUAGGGACGCAUGAGUUUCUCGAAGAGGAAGGGCAAAGCUUGAGCGAGAGGUAUCGUCCCCAGGAGGGACUGACAAACCUUUCUUCCCUCAUGGAUGAGCUGAACGACUCCGUCGCGAGAGACUUCAAGUCCAGGUGUGAGGAGUUUGGUCUGCAAAGACUACAUACUUUUUCUCUACAGGAAGAGCAGGAACGUGAGUUGUCUCCAGAGACACAGCACGAGCGCCAAGUCGAAAAGGUUCCUGCUUUUAAACCAGACACCCAUAGUGUCAAUCGGCUUCUGCAGGAGUGGAUAACAGACGGCUCAUUUCCAGAGCAAUCUGGCGCGUUCCGAACUGUCAUGAAGCCGGCGUUUCAGAGUCUGAACAAGACCUCGGCAGCAGCCUAUUUCGAUGUCAAAGAGUUCCCGGAAACGGUAUGGGUAACAAUGGACUUUGCCCAUACCGUAAAAGGUGUAUUUAGUGGAAAGAGUUACUCGGACUCUUAUCAUCGUCCUGUACAAUGGGUGUUGAGUGGUAAGAACCAGGAGGGUGCUUGUCGGAUGGUGAUCAUAAGUCCAUUUGAGGCCCAACACUUUCUUCCACUUAUCGAAGAGUCAGAACAUGUGGCGCUACACCUCUACGCACCGAGAAUUAAUCUUGGCUUUCGACCUCUGGACGACCUUCAACUUUAUUCAGUAGGGAAGAAGGUUGUGGAAGAGAUACCGAGAGACAUCAUUGCGUUUCUCAAUCUCUUUGCUGGACAGCUAUACCUCUCGUCAUAUGGCGACUACAGGCUCGUCUGUGUCUUGCUUGGUUUGGCGUGGGACGGUGCGGAUAAUGGUGCGGUGCUUGGGCCUGGCGGCCUUGUUGCUGGUGGGAGUGGGAAUAAAUCCGGUUUCUCCAAGAGCCCCACGAGGUUUCUGAAGGAGCUUUUGGAAAAGGUCAGGCAGGACUGUGGGGUUAUUGACAAGACCGAUAUGGGAAGGGUUAUUGAGGGAAUGCGAUUGGUGGAGGAUGAUUUUAAUGUGAGGCAUGAAUGGUAG